AUGUCGCGAGUGAUUACGUCGAAGCAGGUUCUUCUGGAUGAUAAGCUCGUCCCAGCACGCAUUGUCAUCUCGGAGAAUGGCAAAAUUCAGGCCGUUGAGGUGAUUUCUGGGGACAAAGCUGGGAGUAAUGAGUUUAGUGACCUUCCGGUUACCGAUUAUGGCAAUUUGGCGAUUUUACCAGGUCUGGUGGAUACACAUGUUCAUUUGAAUGAGCCGGGGAGAACUGACUGGGAGGGGUUUGAAACAGGCACCAAGGCAGCAGCUUCGGGAGGUGUGACCACUGUUAUUGAUAUGCCAUUGAAUGCAAUUCCUCCCACUACAACGGUUGCUAAUUUGACGACCAAGAUUAAUGCGUCCAAGGGCCAGACUUGGGUCGAUGUCGGGUUCUGGGGAGGAGUGAUUCCUGGUAAUGAAGACGACCUGGUGCCGUUGAUCGAAGCUGGUGUUAAAGGAUUCAAAUGCUUUUUAAUGGAAUCCGGGGUUGACGAGUUCCCAGCAGUUGAUAUGGACGAUGUGAAGAAAGCCAUGACUAAACUCAAUGGUAAGAAGACGAUUCUCAUGUUCCAUGCUGAGAUGGAUAAGGACCCUCACACUGGUCAUAGUCAUAGCCAUGACGAGCCUGAUCCCACUCAUUACGACACAUUUCUCAAAUCGCGACCAGAUUCGUUUGAAACCACUGCUAUUUCCGAAGUCAUUAAAGCGUCGUCGACCGCGCCAGAUCUCAAUCUCCAUAUUGUCCAUCUUGCAUCUGCCCAAGCAGUUCCUCUUGUAGCAGAAGCACAAAAGAAAGGAAUCAAAUUAUCAGCCGAGACAUGUUUCCAUUACCUGACACUUGCUGCCGAGGCAGUUCCUGAUAAAGCCACUCAGUAUAAAUGCUGUCCUCCGAUUCGAGAUGGAGCUACCCAAGACGCUCUUUGGGCGGGAAUCCAAGCCAAUACCAUUAAAACGAUUGUAUCCGACCAUUCUCCCUGUACACCCAACCUGAAACUGCUUGAAUCUGGUGAUUUCAUGGCAGCUUGGGGCGGUAUUUCGAGUGUAGGACUGGGUCUUGUAGUUCUCUGGACCGAAGUGCAGAACCAUCGUUCGUCGUCCAACAUCACGCUUGCGGACAUUUCACGCUGGACUUCGCUCAACACCGCUAAACAAGUCCAUCUCGACGACACCAAAGGCUCUAUCACCCCUGGCAAAGACGCCGAUUUCUGCAUUUUCGACCCCUCGGCCCAAUGGACGCUCGACCAAACCAAACUUCAAUUCAAAAACAAACUCACCCCCUACAACGGCCGCCAACUCACCGGCCGCGUUGUCGAAACCGUCCUCGCUGGCACCACCAUCUACCGCCACGACACAGGCUUCACCUCGUCAACACCCACCGGCAAACUCCUUCUGUAG